CGGGGCGCGGGCGCGGGCGGGACGGGGGGGUCGCGGCGUCGUUGCGCGCGACGGGGGGGGUGGGGAAGAAACGAGUUGGGAAGAACACGCAUAAAGUUGUUCGUGGAGUGAAUAUUGGAAAGGUCAAGUUGCGGAAAAACGCCGUGGUGCGGGGGAUUAAGAUUGUGGACGCGGCGACGAAGCAAGCGGCCAUCGACGCCAUCGCCGAGGAACGAGGAACGGGCCCGGUCGGCAUGUGA